AUGGGGAUCAGGAGGACAGAGUCGGGACCAGCAGGAGGAGUUGGAGGAGGAGGGGGAGGACCGGGAGCGGACGACAUGGAGCAGCUGACGGUGGCAGUGCGGGUUCGUCCCUUGGCGCCGGCCGAGAGAGCGAGGGGACGAGUGGCAGAGGCCUCGGAUGACAAGAUGGUAACGCUACAGGAGAACGACGGAGACAAAAAUGACGUCUUGCGGCAAAAGAGGCGCCACGAGAAGCACUUUGUUUAUGACUUGGCUUUCGGAGAGGAUUCGUCACAGAAACAACUGUACGAAAAGACGACCAAGCCGCUGAUCGGCGACGUUCUUCAGGGAUUUAACGCCACAGUUUUCGCCUACGGGCCGACAGGUGCCGGUAAAACGUACACGAUGGUCGGAACCGUGGAACAGCCGGGGAUCAUGGUCAGGGCCAUGAACGACCUCUUCAAGUACAUGGCCGAAAAGAAGGACGAACUCGAGUUCAAGAUGAGUCUCAGCUACCUCGAGAUUUACAACGAGAACAUCCGCGACCUUCUGAAGCCGAGCAGCGGCACGCUCGAGUUGCGCGAGGACGCUAAGAAGGGCACCAUCGAGGUGGCCGGUCUCUCAGAGGUCUCCACCAUGAACACGAAGGAGGUGAUGAAGCUAUUGACCAAAGGCAACAAGGAGAGAACUAUGGAAUCCACGGCAGCCAACAGUACGUCUUCUCGCAGUCACGCACUUCUCAUGGUGACCGUUCGCCAGCAGUCCCGAGUUCGCGACAUCCACGAAUCGGUCAAGGUCGGACGACUCUACAUGAUUGACCUGGCUGGGUCAGAGCGGGCAAAACGCACAAAGAACCAAGGUAAGCGCCUUCAGGAGGGUGCGCACAUCAACCGCUCGCUGCUCGCCCUGGGCAACUGCAUCAACGCGCUGGCGGUGAAGGGAGCCAAGUAUGUCAACUACCGCGACUCCAAGCUGACCAGACUUCUGAAGGACGCUCUCUCCGGCAACUGCCGAACAGUUAUGAUCGCGCACAUCAGCCCCGCCAUGGCACAGAGGGAGGAAACGUUCAACACACUGGUCUACGCGGACCGUGCCAAAAAUAUCACAAAUAAGGUCGGAGCUGGCUUAGGUUAUAGGUGA